UCGCAGGAUCUCCUUCCUAUUUAUUACCACUUCAUAGGAAACCUAACCUCCCAUAUAUGAAGGCAUUGACACUUGUUUGGCAUCCUCAUCAAAGCCUCAUCCAUCCCCCUCUCUUUCCAUUUGUAUAAAAUGGGAAGAAAGUGGUGACAAGUGAAGUGAAUACUAGAAAGGGUUCUCUCGUGUCUUGGGUCUCUCUGCCUUCCUCGCAUAAGAAAAAGGCAGAGAGCGUUUGUACAUAGAAGACUCCAUCUUCAGCUUCAGCUUCAGCUUCGACCUCAUUAUCUCAUAGGCAAGAGAGAGAUGGGAAAGGGACGAGCACCAUGUUGCGACAAGAACAAAGUGAAGAGAGGUCCAUGGAGUCCAGCCGAGGACGCGAGGCUCAUCUCUUUCAUCCAGAAGUAUGGCCAUGAAAACUGGCGUGCUCUUCCUAAACAAGCAGGACUGAUGCGAUGCGGGAAAAGUUGUCGACUGAGGUGGAUUAACUACUUGCGGCCGGACGUGAAGCGUGGGAACUUCACCAAAGAGGAAGAGGACACCAUCCUUCAAUUACACCACUUAAUGGGAAACAAAUGGUCUAAAAUUGCGUCACAUUUGCCUGGAAGGACUGACAAUGAGAUCAAGAAUGUGUGGAACACUCAUUUGAAGAAGCGUUUGGCCAGUAAGGGCCUUGGCCAGUCGAAGCACGAAUCCUCCAUUAGCUCCUCGUCCUCGUAUUCCUCUGCGUCUUCGCUCGUGUCCGGUGCCUCGGCUGAGAGGGAUGCGCAGGUGGACCUUGAACGUUCGACGGGUCAAGGUCCUCUGGAUGAGAAAUCUUGUGGUCAGGAAGGCAUGGUGCCCCUGCCUCUCCCCAAUGAAGCUGAAGAAGUCCAAGAGAAAUCAGCCAAACGUAUGCCUGAUAACAAGGACUCGAAAGAUCGGUCGUCGACCUUUUCUGGCUCCAAUGAACCGGCUCAUCUGAAGGACUCUGAAGAGCAGAUGGAUUCAUUCUUCAGCUUCAGCAGCCCUUAUGAUGCGCGCAGCGCAUUGGAGCCAGAGGAAGUGAACAAACCGGAUACUAACAGUAAUGGGUUGGGCAACUUCAUGAUCGACAUCCCAUUCGAGUGCGAUGUUGAAUUUUGGAACAUGUUAGAUAGCUUGGAACCGUUCUCAGUCCACAAAGCCGACGUCGGACAGGACGGCCUGAGGCCUGGAGAAAGGCUUCCUGCGGAGGGCGAGGACCUGAGUUGGUUGCGGUACUUGGAGGACGAGCUCGGGCUCGAGGCAACAAAGGAAAGAGGAGACCAAGACAAUUCAAGAACCAGCUCUAUCACCACAGGGCCAUCGGAAAUUAAGGCAUGGGGUCAAGGUUAGGAAUAGAAUUUGGAAGCAGCAGCAAAAGCGACGCUUUCGGUGUCAACAAUUUGACCUCGGUCAAAUGCGCAGCUAGGACACACAGUGUUUAGAUCCGUGUCCUUUUCAAAAGUUGGUGGAGAGCAGCGAGGUCAACAAUUUGACAAAACGCUAUCUACUCUGCUAUUCAAAAUAUUGAUGUGUAAAGGCUUUGUCUUUGUCUUCCGGCUUGUAGAGCCUGAUUUACAUGUUCAACGAGAAGCAUGUUGCAGUUGCUCCAUCACCUAACUCAUUUAAUCAUUA